GUCAGACUUCUGAGAUUUAAACUGUAAGACUUUCCUUCUUCCUGGAAGGCCCUCCCCAUUGUUGUGACGCUCUCCUGAGUGAAUACCCACUGACUGCAUGCAGGCUGUGUCAAUAUUUUCACAAGGAACGGAGCCUCUAGAAUAGGGAUGUUGCCAGACUUAUAUGGCCACACAGAGGCUGGCUUUGCGCCCUGGCUGGUAGUUUUGUGCCUCUUGACCUCCCUCUCCCACAUUGGACUGUUCCAGUUGUGUAGCCGGGACAAAAUGAUGAAAGGUUAAACUCCCGAAAGCUCCUCCAUCGAAGACAAAGAAGGCAGAAAAAAGGACAGCCUGGUGACUCAUAGAGAAGUAAAACACCAUGUGAUGUGGAGCAUAAUUACCUGGGGUUGGUGAGAGAGAAGCAAAAGUAUAAUAAAGAAAGUGGAAAGCCCAGAUCGGAAGAACAGGAGAGGUGGAGCUUGAGUAACGAAGUGGAAGGAGAAGAAAGAGGAGAGAAAAACACUCCGUAAGUCCCCUGAUUAUUGACUGAGAAGUUGAAAGAGAAACAUUCCGUUUGCUGAUAAGAACUGCUUAAGCUCAAGAAACUCAAAGGAAUGUAAUUAAUUACUUUAAUUACUUUAAGUACUGCAGCCAAAAAUUGUGCUUCACCACCCGACCUGGGGUUCAAUCCCUGUUGUCCAGCUCAAGGUUCAAUCAGCCUUCCAUCCUUCCAAGAAAGUGAAACUUUCAGCCAAGACGGUGAUUGAGAAGCUGCUCAGUGAAAGAAGAAAGGCUGGUAGGAGAAGAUGUCAGAGGAAGGCACGGCAGGACCCAGCGUCCCGGCCCCAGAGAACCUGGGAAUGGAGGAAUUGCUCCGGCUCUUGUCGUGUGAAAAAUGCCAGCAGGCAGCCAGAAACCCCAAGCUCCUGCCUUGCCUCCACACCCUUUGCACCGAAUGCUUGGAAGAGAACAAGCCCAUCGGCCAGUGUCCCACCUGCAUGACUCCCUUCCUGCGUGCCGGGGAGGAUCCCGUCCUGGACAACCUGUUCUUUGUGACUCUGCAGGCCAAGCUGAAUACGUACAAGAAGAUCGCCGGCAACCAAGAGCUGAUGUGCAGUCGCUGCCAAGUCGGGGCAGAGUUUUGGUGCUCUGAGUGCGAGGAGUUCCUUUGUAUGCAAUGUUACAAUGCCCACCAGUGGUAUUUGAAGCAGAAGAGCCAUGAGGUCCAGAAACUCUGUGAUCUAAAGAAUGCUACCGCACCGCAUUUCCUGGAGGGAGCAAAGAAGUCCAGCACCCUGUUCUGUUCCGAGCCCACCCACAACAACCAGCUUGUAAGUAUCUAUUGUCGUGGUUGCUGCAAGCCUCUGUGUUGCUCCUGCGCUCUGCUGGACGGUGAGCAUUACAAAGACAAGCUCUACUGUGACAUCCAUGUGGAAAUCAAAGAGCGUAAAGACGAGCUGAGCAGGAUCAAGGAGGAGUUGGCAGAGAAGAAGAGAAAUUGCAGGAGGAUCCAGACUGUUGCCUAUGAAAGACUGCAGCAGCUGGAGAGGGUAUGCACGCAAACCCAGGAUGAGAUCCGGGAGAAAGUAGAAGAGAUGGUCCGGUGGAUCCGACAAAAGGGGGAGGAGCUCUUGUUGGAAGUGGACGGGCAGCGGCGCCAAGAAGGUGAGGAAGUUGAGCGGAAGCUGCAGUGCACGGACCGCAUCGUCAAGAGGAUGGAGUCCAGUGAGCAGUUGGUGGAGAAGAUGAACCUCUUUGCUUCUGACCAAGAAGUGAUGGAGAUGCACCCUUUCAUCCAGCAGUCCCUGGAGGAGCUUAGGAAUGAGCGGUUGCCAACGAUACAGUUCCAGGGGCAGGUGGAGAACUUUGCAGAGGUCUUAGGCAAGAUGAACAAACUGCUUCAGAGAGUUAAAGGAGGGAACGAUGCUGUUUGUCCAGGGACUGCUCCAGCUGGCAACUGUGAGGUUCCUCACGAGGAUGGAAGACAGCCCAGACUCCAAGGGGGAAUGUCACUGCCGACACCAACGUACACCAUCACCCUUCCAAAGACAUCACAGGGAUUUGGCCCGUUUAAGCGGUGCGUUUCAUGUGCCAACGAGAUCCCUCUCUGCAAUGGCCACGAUUGCUGCCUCUUCUGUCUGGGGGAACAACAUCAAGCUCGCUCCUCUCCAGAGGGUAAGAGACGGAUGAAGCAGGCACUCAAACUUCGCUUCCAGCCCCUUCAUUCUUUCCUUUGGAAGAAAUUACUCAAACCUUUCGAUCCUAUAGUCACAGAGCCUACCUUGACUCCAGUUCCGAGAUCUGAAUCAGUGGACCCGGUCUUGGCCCCAACCACGCCAUCGCCGAAGAAAAAAUCAAACUCCAAGGCCGUAUCAAUGACCUCCCCGCAGAAGCGAGCAAUCCGCCAGAGAGAAAAAGGUAUCCAGGCUUCCCCCAAAAGGAUGAAGCUUGAAGACCAUGAACAGGAUGCAGGGGAAACCUCCAGUUGGCAUGUCCAAAAGAUUACAGCAAGCUCUCCGUCUCUUCUCCCCGAUGCUUCGGCCCCAGAGAGAGAGCAGAGAGGGGCUGGCAAUCCGGCUGAGGUCCUGCAGAACGCCCCCCUUGAAGUCUCUGAGUCAGAGGCCGCCAGUAUUGUGAUCAGCAGCUCUGAGGAAAAUGAAGACGACUGCAUGGUGAGCGAGAGAAAGAGAUUCCUGAUCACCAGUGCCCUGAUGAUACUUGCUGGAGAGAACUGAGAUAAUGUGGCUCGU